GCUCGCCGUGGAAUCUCCGUUGGUCGUUAAGUCGCCGUAAUUGCUUUCUUCUCCGGUGAUUUUUCUUCGCCGGCGACUCAUAAACUGGCGAGACCUUUUGGUUUCCUUUGCCCUUUGUUUCGAUCUAGGAAUGGCGUCUUCUAGUCAAAUCCUCAAGUACCCUCCUCGACUGUAUGAAGAAGGAAAAUCACCUUUGCAAAAUAGGAGCAUGAACCACAGCUGCUAUUUUUCUCAAAUUGCGAAGAUCAGAGAAGGUACUCCAUUACUUGAUUGGAGAUCUUCUCGCAAACGUAUCAAGUUUAAAGACUUUAUUGCCAAUGAGAAGACUGCCCAUGGACAGGUGCGUGUGAGGCAUAUGAUUCCAGUCACUGAGGAAAACAUGUAUCCUAAGUGGAGUGACGCGGCUGACAAUCAAGAUGGGCUGCUUGACAACUUGCUGAAAGACAUCAUCCACAAUCGUUUACAAAAUGAUGCGUGGAAACAUGUUAGAGUGCAGAGGAAGAAACGUAAAGUUUCUAGAAACGAGGAUGGAGAGAGUAGUAUCAUUCCUAAGGAAAAGAGAAUGAAGGAGUCAAAAGCUAGUGAUGAUGAAAGAGCAGAAGUUGAUGAAGAGGAGAAGACUAGGUUGUUGGAUAUUUACAAGAUGCUGGAGAAUUUGAAUGGGACAGUUUCAGAGAUGAGCAAGAAUCUGACCAGCAUAAUGGAUGUAUUGGAGAGUAAAGUCGAGUCUUUAGAUGCCCAGCUUAAUAAGAGGUUUGAAGUUGUGGAGACAGAUUUGAAGCUUCUUAAGGAGUCUAAUCCCACUGUUGUGCCCAAUGAUUUCGUCGCCACUUCCAACAACGUUGAAUUAGAUGAGGCAAAUAGUAAAUCAGCUUCUUGGAUAGUAGAGGAGAAGCUAGGGUCUCAAGAUGGGCUGCCUGUCAAAAGAGUAGUUAAGAAGGCUGUCUUUACCGUGAAGACCAAGAAAAAGAAGGCUGGAGAAGUGUCAGAGGAUCUUGUUCUAUGUGAAAAGAAACCUGCUACAAAGGGACUUACAAGGAAAAAAGUGGCAAACGUGCCUAAUAAAGGUUUUAAAAAGCCUGAGCAGAAGAAGAUAGCUGCUCCAAAAGGUGUGAAGAAGACAAUGAGGACUGUUGACGAUGAUGUUGAGGAUGUAACUGACAAAGUUAUGGCUGAUAAUCUGAAAAUGGUUUCAAGUUCUGAAGAAACCUUCUCCAAUCCUCAAGAUGAGAUGGCUAAUACGACUUUGAAUGCAGCAUUGACAUCUCUUCUACAUGGAGUACAGAAUUUGGACGGUGGGACUACUCAUGGGAGACGUGUGCCACAGCUUGCGGGUUCUCAAAAAUGUCCCUAUGUUGGGAAUUCUACAGUGAAGCGCAUAAUCACUGAUGCUCCACCUUCUUCAUCAUUACCAGAACAUCUUCAACCAGUUUCUGAUGAGAAGUUUCUUCGUUUAACUGAUUGGCUAGAACGUGAUGAGGACGAAGAACCAUUUAGUACCAGCAAUUUCAAUGCCAGAUUCUUUCGCCAGAUUAUUACUCCAAGAGAUAGUUGGCCAGAUGAAAAAUAUGGAUGGUUAAAAGACUAUCACAUGGCAGCUGCAAUGUCUUUGUUCCGCAGAAGGUUCUUGCGUGAUCCUUCAAAAUACCCUAAUCAACGCAUCGCUUUCUUGGAUCAAGAUUUGAUCUCGAAGUUGUUGAAAGAUUAUCCACAGUUUGACCCGAACUAUAGGAACUUCACAUGGCGGAGCUAUUAUGAGCAACACGUCAACGGCACAACUUAUGGUGACGAUGAUACAAACAAGAUGUGGUUCGUUGAUGUGGAUCACCUCUAUGCGUAUCUCUUCGUCAAUGAUAAUCACUGGGUGGCCUUGGAUAUUGACUUGCCGAAACUUCAGAUCAACGUUUAUGACAGCAUUCCGACCUCGACUACUAAUCCACAACUAGUCGAGCAAUGCAUGUUUUUAAAGAGGAUGAUACCUGCUAUGUUGAGCGCAUUUGUCCCUGUACACAAGCGUAAGAAGAGCUACGCAAGCUCCGUUCGUCGAUCGCUUGUUUUCCGUCCUACUUCCGACGACGAUAACCAGGAGAAUCAGCCUCCAUUACCCGGUCUCCUCGCCGAUAAGAUCACCUCCUGCAUCCGCAAAUCGAAGAUUUUUAUCAAACCCUCCUCGCCUCCUCCUCCUGCUAUCACCGUAGACAUGGCACCUCCGAUUUCGUGGAGGAAAGGUCAGUUAAUUGGUCGCGGUGCGUUCGGUACGGUGUACAUGGGUAUGAAUCUCGACUCCGGGGAGCUUCUCGCCGUUAAACAGGUUCUGCAGCCAAUUUUGCUUCCAAGGAAAAAACUCAGGACAAAAGAGCCGAAAUGGAACGAAAACUUUGUUUUUAAUAUCAAGUUGCCUCUUGCAAAAAAGAUAGAGAUUGCAGCUUGGGAUGCAAACCUUGUUACCCCACAUAAACAGAUGGGGAAUUCCGAAAUCAACCUGGAAUGUGUUUGUGAUGUGACCCGCAAUGGCCGUAUCAGUAUGGCUGGUGUUACGACAGGAAACGUGGGAUACCUUGCGAAUGCUAUACAUGAAGUCACCCAAGGUUUGGGUGGAAGUGUCAAAGGUUGGAGAUGCAGCUGUGUGAAGACCAAACUCUGAAAUUCAAACCAUUGCCGAUGGAGUAGGUAGUAUUGUGGCUUGGCCUAAUGAUAAAAUCAUGUAUGUCUA